AUGCCGGAUAUUCCGAAAUACGAUGGCAUGACUGACCCGCAGGAACAUGUGACUUCGUACACUCGUGCCAUAAAAGGCAACGAUAUCGAAGAAGAUGAAAUUGAAUCGGUGUUGUUGAAAAAAUUCAGAGAAACACUCUCGAAAGGGGCGCUAACUUGGUAUGACCACCUGCCUGAGCAUUCUAUCACUUCUUUCGAGAUACUCGCAGAUGCGUUUAUAAAAGCUCAUGCCGGGGACAAAAAGGUGCAGUCGAGAAAGGCGGAUAUCUUGAGAAUCACCCAAAGAGAUGAUGAAUUAUUACGAGAGUUUGUCAACCGCUUCCAAAGGGAACGGAUGGAACUGCCCCCGGUUAUGGAGGAAUGGGCAGCGCAAGCUUUCACCAAGGGUCUCAAUCCCCGAAGCUCGACUGCCUCAUUCAAAUUGAAGGAGAAUUUGUUGGAAUACGAGGCUGUAACCUGGGCAGAUGUCCAUAAUAGGUACGAAUCUAAGAUUCAGGAUACCUUUGACGUACUUCGCAAAUACAACAUGAAGCUGAAUCCGGAGAAGUGCGCAUUCGGGGUCCAAUCUGGCAAAUUCUUAGGCUUCAUGGUAUCAAAUCGGGGGAUAGAAAUUAACUCGGACAAGAUCAAGACUAUUGAAGAUAUCGAAGUAGUGAACAAUGUCAAGGCUGUGCAAACUGAACAGAAGGAUAGCAGCUCUAAGCCAAUUCAUCUCGAGGUCAUCGAAUAA